GGUCCGUACUUUUUAAAACAAAUGUUGUUAGCCUACAUGGUAGGCUAUCAUCUGAUCGUAUCAUCACGUGAAAACGAUACUACAUCCGGUUGGAUAUUAGUAGACUACUGUAGGCCUACCACCGAAGUAACACAGUCUGCACGAUGGACCGCACAGCCAACGCCAGUGCUUUGCCUGUAGACAUGAAUGUAUUAUUCGCACAAAUAGAUAAGAAUCAGGAAGCCUAUAUUGAACGCCUGAAAGAGGCAGUUUCCAUCAAAAGUGUGUCAGCAUGGCCUGAGAACCGUAAAGAUAUCGUACGUAUGGCAGAAUGGACAGAGAAACUGAUGAAAUCUUUGGGUGCUGAGACAGAAUUGAUAUCUUUAGGAGACCAAGACCUUGGAGGAGGCAAGACAAUCCCACUCCCACCAGUCCUGCAAGGCACUCUGGGUAAAGACCCUGCCAAAAAAACCCUGCUUGUUUACGGACAUCUGGAUGUACAACCAGCUCUGAAGGAGGAUGGAUGGGACCAAGACGAUCCCUUCAAAGCAAUUGUGAAGGAUGGGAAGAUCUAUGGCAGGGGCUCAACAGAUGACAAGGGUCCAGUACUGGCCUGGAUCAACUGCCUGGAGGCAAUGAAGGAAGUCCAGAUGGAGUUUCCUGUCAACCUCAAGUUUAUGUUUGAGGGGAUGGAAGAAUCUGGGUCUGAUGGACUGGAUGAGCUGGUCAACAGCAGCAAGGAAACCUUCCUAAAGGAUGUGGACUUUGUAUGUAUAUCAGACAACUACUGGCUCGGGAAAAAAAAGCCUUGUGUAACAUACGGCUUGAGGGGAAUUUGCUACUUUUUCCUGGAGAUAGAGUGUUCCUGCAAAGACCUUCACUCUGGAUUGUAUGGCGGGACUGUACACGAGGCCAUGGUUGAUCUGGUGGGCGUUCUGGGGACAUUGGUGGACAGUAAAGGAAACAUCCUGAUCCCAGGAAUCAGUGACUCGGUCGCAGAACUCACAGAGGAGGAGCGCCAGAAAUAUGACCCCAUUGACUUUUCCUUGGAUGAGUAUCUGUCAGACACCGGCUGUCAUGCUCUGAUUCAUGAUAACAAACCAGACAUACUGAUGCAUCGCUGGAGAUACCCAUCCCUUUCAAUCCACGGAAUCGAGGGAGCAUUCAGUGAUUCUGGAGCUAAGACUGUUAUCCCAAGGAAAGUCAUUGGAAAGUUCUCCAUUCGCCUGGUGCCAGACCAAACCCCAGAUGAAAUAGAACGUCUUGUCAGGAAACAUGUUGAGGAAAAGUUCAUGGAAAGAAAUAGCCCUAAUCAUAUGAAGCUUUCGAUGGGACAUGGUGGUAAACCCUGGGUCAGCGACUACAAUGAUCCAAACUUCGUGGCUGGAAGAAAAGCCAUGAAAAAGGUGUAUGGUGUUGAGCCUGACUUGACCCGUGAAGGUGGCAGCAUUCCAGUGACCUUGACCUUCCAGGAUGCUACACAGAAAAAUGUCAUGCUGCUCCCACUUGGUUGUUCAGACGAUGGUGCUCACUCUCAGAACGAGAAAAUGGAUAUUGUCAACUACAUCCAAGGGGUUAAAGUGCUGGGUACCUACAUGGAUGAGCUUGCCAAGCUGUGAGUUUGUGGACAUUGUGAUUGAUAAACAUGGUGUGCCAUUUGAUGGAGUUCCCUGUGUGUGAUGUGUUGAAGAUUCAGGUUCUCUCUGGCAAUCAGCUGUCAGUGUUGUUAUUCAUAGUCGUUUCAAACAAAAAACUGAUGAUGGACCCCGAUAUAUUUUUUUCGUAAAGUAUUUUUUAUUAAACCUAGUAUGGUAGAACUUUGGUAGUGUAGUGUUAUAUUUUAUUAUAGAUUUAUUGUCAUGUUGGAUGUAGUGUCUGUAAAAAAUCUACAUUAUGUAGAAAAGUCAAACUUUGUGUGUAAGAUAAUGCAUUAAGAAAAGUUAAACUAAGCGUAACAUUCAGAAAAUUCAAAGUAAUCAGUAAAUUAAUCCACAUAUUACAGAAAAUUUAAAAUUAUAUAUAUUGUACAGAAAUUAAAGUUAUUUUGCAUAAAAUAAUCUACAAAGUGUUGAAAAAGUGAAUCUUAUUGUGUGUAAAAUAUUGGCUUUUUAAAGGUUAUAAUUUAUCAUUGUUCUACAUGUAUUUAGGCAGAUUUUAAUGAAUUGCCUUUCAUUGAGGUAUAUAAUUGUUUUGCUUAUUUAGAAUAACAUUGCUUAUAUAGAACAACACAAUUGCUGAAAAAUGUUUUGUUUAUAUACAUAGAACAAACACAGUUGCUUGAACAAUGGUGUGCUUUUAUAGAACAAUGAAAAAUGCUUUGCUUAUAUUUUAAUUUACAAAAAAACAGUUGCUGAAAAAGGAAAUGCUGAAAUAGGAAAAAAUGCCCUAUGUUCAUAUUUACUUUCAAAUACUGUACUAGUCCUUACAGACAAUUGUUUUGAAAACUCCACUAACGGUUACAUUGUACAUUGUACUUUUAUGGUAACUGUAACUUAGUUACUUAUUGUAAUGCAGUCAAGAAACUGGAAUAUUUUCUGCUGAGAAAUAAACUAAAAGUAUGAAUAAGGAAAUUAUAUCAAGGUCAGGAAACCUAGCAUGAGUAUCUGGAGAUAGAUUGUCUCUCGAAGUCUCUUGUACACAGUUGUUAUUGAUAUGUGUUUUUGAUGAUAAUGUGAUUUUUUAUAUUCAUUGCUAAUGAUCAUAUUGAAGACUGAAUGAUGUGAUUUCACGAUUUGUUUUUGAUAUAUAAUAUUUCAGCUCUGUCACAAAAAUUAAAAAAAAUUAUAUUUUUAA